AUGUCUGGUUCAGAAGUGACGCAGACAUACCCCGCGAUGACAUCCGCACCCCGCCAUCUGACCGGCGAUGGAGCUGGGAUACGAGAAUUCCUCGACAGAUUCGAUGUCUUCUUGUUCGAUUGUGACGGUGUCCUCUGGUCGGGCGAUCAUCUUUUCCCCGGAACGAACGAGACCUUGGAAUUGUUGCGCAGUCGAGGCAAGCAAGUGGUGUUUGUCACAAACAACAGCACCAAGUCGCGCGCAGAUUACAAGAAGAAACUAGAAUCGUUGGGCAUUCCGGCAUCAACUGAAGAGAUCUUCUCCUCAUCUUACAGCGCUUCCAUCUACAUAUCUCGCAUCCUACAGCUCCCAGAGAACAAGCGCAAGGUCUUCGUGAUAGGCGAAACAGGAGUUGAGCAGGAGUUGCGCUCUGAGAACGUGCCUUUCAUCGGCGGCACAGAUCCCGCGUAUCGUCGCGAAAUCACAGCAGAAGAUUACAAGAAGAUCUCAGCGGGCGACUCAUCCCUGAUUGACCCGGAGGUGGGAGUCGUUCUGGUCGGACUGGAUUUCCACGUCAAUUAUCUGAAACUGUCGUUAGCGUUUCACUACGUUCGUCGUGGCGCUGUUUUCCUGGCUACGAAUAUCGAUUCCACGCUGCCGAACUUGGGCUCGCUGUUCCCCGGUGCAGGAUCCAUGAGCGCCCCAUUGAUUAUGAUGCUUGGGAAGGAGCCCGUCUCAUUGGGGAAGCCUAACCAGGCUAUGAUGGAUGCUAUUGAGGGGAAGUUCAAGUUUGAUCGGAGUCGUGCAUGCAUGGUCGGGGACCGUGUGAAUACUGAUAUUCGGUUUGGGUUGGAAGGGAAAUUGGGUGGCACUUUGGGUGUGCUUACCGGGGUUUGUUCCAAGGAGGACUUUGUGAAUGGGUCUGUGAAGCCUCUCGCGUACUUGGAUAAGCUCUCGGAUCUAUUGGAGUCGGAUUGA